AUGUGCAAGGGAUUCAGACAGCACAGCCAGACCUGCCAGCCAUGUGGGAUUUUCGAACAAACAGAUGGACCCGUUUCACUUGUUAGCGCGGAGGAGCUGGCCUUUAAAUUUGCUGUCAAUAACAUAAACAGAAACAGGACUUUGUUGCCAAACACGACAUUAACAUAUGACAUACAGAGGAUUAACAUCUACGACAGUUUUGAGGCGUCGAGGAAAGCGUGUGACCAGCUGUCUUUAGGUGUGGUUGCAAUAUUUGGGCCCUCGCAUAGUUCGUCGUCUAAUGCUGUGCAGUCCAUCUGCAAUGCAUUGGAAGUGCCGCACGUCCAGGUGCGGUGGAAACAUCACCCCAUGGACAACAGAGACAGCUUUUAUGCUAAUUUAUACCCGGAUUACUCUUCACUGAGCUAUGCUAUCCUCGACCUGGUGCAAUUUCUCAAAUGGAAAACAGCCACCGUUGUAUACGACGACAGCACAGGUCUGAUACGACUCCAGGAGCUGAUAAUGGCCCCGUCCAGGUACAACAUCAGGCUAAAGAUUCGUCAGCUUCCUCUUGACACGCAGGACACAAGACCCCUCCUCAAAGAAAUGAAGAGAAGCCGGGAGUUUCGCAUCAUCUUCGACUGCAAUCACCACAUGGCGGCGCAGGUUCUCAAACAGGCCCAGACCAUGGGGAUGAUGACAGAGUAUUACCACUAUAUCUUCACCACUCUGGACCUGAUGGCCAUCGACCUGGAGCCGUAUCGCUUCUGUGGCGUCAACAUGACCGGCUUCCGCAUCCUCAACGUGGAUAAUCCUCAGGUCGCAACCAUUGUGGAGAAAUGGUCGAUGGAAAGGCAGAUUCCACAUAAACCUGACUCGGGCCUGCUGGAGGGCAUCAUGACGACAGAUGCGGCUCUGACCUAUGAUGCAGUCCACAUUGUAUCCGUCUCAUACCAGCACGCUCCACAGAUGACGGUAAACUCGCUGCAGUGCCACCGCCACAAACCCUGGAGAUUUGGAAGUCGCUUCAUGAGUUUCAUCAAAGAGUCCCACUGGGAUGGUCUGACGGGGAGACUGUCAUUCAACAAGACGAGUGGUCUCCGUACAGACUUCGACCUGGACAUCAUCAGUUUAAAGGAGGACGGACUUGAAAGGCUCCACGCCACUAAAAUAGCAGCAGCUUUUCAGCUUGUAACCCCUUCUGUUCGAGCGCAGAGCAAAAGAAAAGUGCUGCUUUUGAAAGGAUUCUUUCUCUAUUUCACUGGCAUCCGUGUCCUGCGUUGGGUGGGGAAGUGGAGUGUGUCGGGAGGUCUGAACAUCACAGAAGUGCCGAAGCGAAAAGGGAUGAACAUCACUGAUUCCCUAGCUAACCGCUCCCUCGUCAUCACCACCAUACUGGAGGAGCCAUACGUCAUGCUUAGGAAGUCUGACAAGGCGUUGGUUGGGAACGACCGUUUCGAAGGAUACUGCAUCGACUUGCUCACAGAGCUGGCCAACGUCCUGGGCUUCACGUAUGAGAUCCGCCUGGUGCCUGAUGGGAGAUACGGCUCCCAGGACGAGAAGGGCCAGUGGAACGGCAUGAUCAGGGAACUCAUAGAGCAUAGAGCAGACUUGGCAGUGGCUCCUCUCACCAUAACCUACAUGCGUGAAAAGGUCAUCGACUUCUCCAAGCCCUUCAUGAGCAUGGGCAUCAGCAUUCUGUAUCGCAAACCCAACGCCACCAACAACGGCUUCUUCUCCUUCCUGAACCCAAUGACUCCCGACAUCUGGGUCUACAUCCUCUUGGCCUACCUGGGUGUUAGCUGUGUCCUUUUUGUCAUUGCCAGGUUCAGCCCAUACGAAUGGUAUGACGCCCAUCCUUGUAACCCUGGAUCCGAUGUGGUGGAGAAUAACUUCACCCUCCUGAACAGCUUCUGGUUUGGAGUCGGUUCCUUAAUGCAACAAGGCUCAGAACUGAUGCCCAAAGCCCUGUCGACCCGGAUCAUCGGUGGGAUCUGGUGGUUCUUCACACUCAUCAUCAUAUCAUCAUACACAGCGAAUUUAGCAGCUUUUCUCACUGUGGAGAGGAUGGACUCGCCUGUGGACUCAGCCGAUGACAUCGCCAAGCAGACCAAGAUUGAGUACGGCGUGGUCAAAGACGGCGCAACCAUGACUUUCUUCAAGAAAUCUAAGGUUUCUACUUUUGAGAAGAUGUGGGCCUUUAUGAGCAGCAAGCCGAGCACAUCACUGGUGAAGUCUAUUGAGGAUGGGAUUCAGAGGGUGCUGAAGUCAGACUAUGCCCUCAUCAUGGAGUCCACAACUAUCGAUUACAUUACCAGGAGGAACUGUAACCUGACACAGGUGGGAGGGAUCAUCGACAGCAAAGGCUAUGGCAUCGGCACUCCCAUUGGCUCUCCAUACAGGGACAAAAUCACCAUAGCAAUCCUCAGCAUCUUGGAGGAUGGGCGCCUACACAUGCUGAAGGAGAAGUGGUGGAGUGGGAGCAGCUGCUUGGAUGAAGAGCGCCACGAGACAGGCCCCAUGGGUAUCCAGAACCUGGGUGGUAUAUUCAUAGUGCUGGCAUCUGGUCUCGUGCUGUCGGUUUUUGUGGCGAUCGCAGAAUUCGUCUACAAGCUAAGGAAGACUGCAGAACGUGAGCAGAGGUCUAUGUGCAGUGCCAUGGUGGACGAGAUCAGACUGUCGUUCACCUGCGAGAGGCGGGUGAAACACAAGCCUCAGCCUCCAGCCAUGGUGAAGACGGAUGCAGUGAUCAACAUGCACGCCUACAACGACCGACGACUCCCGGGAAAGGACAACAUGAGCUGCAGCACUGGGAUGACUCCCGUGUUCCCGUGA